GAAAUUAGUGGUCUCUCGGUGCUAUAAAUAGAACCGGCUCGUUAAAGAAACGUUACUCUGUUCAUAAAGAGAGAGAGUUAGGGGGAGAGAAAGAGUUGCGGAGAGUGUCAGAGUUAGAGAAAGAGUUUGAGGCAUAGAGUUGGAGAGAGUCAGAGGGAGAGUUGGAGGAAGAGAGAUGCAGAGUUGGAGAGAGAGGCAAAGUUAGAGAGAGAAAGAGGCUGAGGAAGAGAGAGAGUCCGAGAGAGAUUGAAUUAGAGAGAGAGAGAGAGAGAGAGAGUGAUUUAGAUGCACAGAGCUACAGAGAGAUGCAAUUAUUAUAUCAUUACUCAAUUUCUUGAUUUCUUGUUGUAUGUUUGUGGUUUUGUUAAUUGUUAAUGAGUUUGGGAUUUGAAGAAAACGGGGUUCAAAGAUUUGUGUUUGUGUAUGAAUCAUGUUGGAUUUUCUUUAAGUUGUUGCAUCUUUAACAGGCUCUGUUAUAUAUAAUUUUUUUUUGGGCUUGAUGUUUUUGAUCGAUAGACUCGUAGUGGAUAAAGAUAAUCUUUAGCGGGGUUUAUGUAUGGGUAUUAUUUGUCUCUGAGUGUGUUUUAUAUGGGUAUUUGAAUGUGUUUUGCUUUAAUUUUAAUCGAAACAGAUAAAUUGUAGAGGGCUUCUUUCAUGUGUGUAUUAGUGAGUAUGGGGUUUCUGGUGUGUGAAUAUUAUAUGUUUGAUAUCUGUUUUCUUGCUUCCGGCCAAAUCACAGGAGAUUAUUACUGGCUAAGCCUGUUCACAUAAUUUCUUGAUUUUAGUCGGGUCAGGUUGGGUUGCCUUCAUUAGGUAAUUUUAUGUGCGUGUGUGUGUUGAGUUCUCUCUUCUGGAUUAGUUUGAUUCGAAUCGAGAAUUGUGUUUGUAAUUAUGUUUUUGACCUUUGUUGAUGAUAAAGUACUUCUAAUCUGAGUUUGAUUUAGAUUUUUUCUUGUAGAAAAUAAUAUAUACAUUAAUAUAUUGUUAGUAAAUUUAUUUCACGUGGUUGUUUGGGAAUUUCAGAGUUAAUACUUUGAUUUCUGUAUUGACAGUUGGUGGACAAGAAUCCAUAUAAGGCAAUUUAUAUUUUGAGGACUGUGAUAAAUGUUGGUGAUCGAGUUGAUAGAUCUUUAAAAGACAUGGCAAUUGUGAUGAAACAGUUGGACGGACCCGAUGAGGCGAUUCAGUUGGGUUACAAAUAACUAUAAGUGGAUUGUCUUGAAGCUUGCAUAUAAUGAAAGAUAUCUGACCUUUUGUAAUGUGAUGGAAGAAUUAAAAUACAGAUACGAGAGAGAAGUAAAUCAUGGACAUCGAUCAGCGACUAAAACAAUCUUAGAAGGAGAUCUACCACCAUCUUCUGUACUGGUACUUUGCAUAUCGUCCGUCCAGACAAAUACCGAGGCAAUGACCGAAAAUAUCUCUAACUCACAUGGAGUUGAUAAAAGUACAGUUGCAAAUGUGGAAUUAACAGAUAGGUGGUCUGCAGUGAAUGCGGUACUGGAUGCACCAUUGUCUAAGAAGCUGGCCUCUGGGAUACUGUUUGUCAGACAAAAACAUAAGUGCUUAUGCUGUCUGAAGAUCCUCUGGAACAGGACUAUGUGGCUGGGCUAGCCCAGUUUCACAUCUCGAGGUAGUCCCUAAAUGUUCAUUUUAAAAUAUAAGAAUCGAGUUUAUUCUUUAUGGUUUCCCAAAUCCUCCUUUCUUUAUAAUUAGGCGCCAAGCAUAGUCAGCUUAGUUUUGCACAUUAAUGGAACUUACCGAAGUCAUUGGGCUCCUAUAAACAUGAUCAGAGUUAUACUUGUAGCAUUUUUUCUCAAAGUUCACACAUUGAACAAAGUAUGUAUAAUCAGGUAAGAGUUGAUGUGCUUCGCUCGCAUUUUACUGUAUCAAGAGGGUUGGAGUAGUUCCCAUCACAUUUGUCGGAAUAUAAAGAAUAUAACUUGUUCUAUAUUGGGAAAGGUUUAUUUUACUGCACAGUACUUUGGUCGAAGUCCCAUUCGAGUAAUAGUAUAUAAAUUAUCUGUUAAAAGGUAAGAGCUUUGCUAUCUAUUAAUUGCACUUUAAGUGACAGGGAAUACACUAAAAGAUCUGAGAGGAUGGAAGCUAAUAUGCAGCAGCUACAUAACUAAAGGCGCGGAUGUUGCAGAAGGAGUUAUGUCUGAGUUACAGAAGGUAGAUACAGUUAUACUUAUAAACCACAGCCGUAAAAAAGUGGCAGAAAUCUUGAGAUUCUCUAAGCAUCCGCUGAACCAGAAAUUCUGAUGAAUGGGAUGAGUUACCAUGAAAUUAGAGUUGGGUUACAAAUCACUAUAAUUGGAUUGUCUAGAAGCUUGCAUGCAAUGAGAAAUAUCUGACCAUUUGAAAAGUGAUGGAAGAACUGAAAUACAGGAGUAGGACUAUCUGGCUGGACUGGCCCAGUUUCACCUGUUGAGGUGCCGAGCACAGUCAACAUGGUUUUGCGCAUUAAUGGAACUUGCAGAAGUCCCUGGGCUGCUGAUCGUUUGGGUUUUUAUAAGCAUUAUCUGGGUUAUACUUGUAACUUUUUUUCUCAAAGUUCUAACGCAUUAAAUGAACUAUGUAAAAUCAGGUAAGAGUGGUUGUGCCUCCCUAGCGUUUGACUGUAUAGAGAGUGGUGGAGUAGUUCCCUGCACAUUUGUCGGAAUAAAAAGAAUAUACCUUGUUCUAUAUUGGAAAAGGUUUAUUUUACUGCACAGUACUUUGGUUGAAGUCCCAAUCGAGUAAUAGUAUAUCAAAUAUCUGCUAAAAGGUAAGAGCUUUGCUAUCCAUUAUUUGCAUGUUAAGUGACAGGGAAUGCGCUGAAAGAUCUGAGAGGAUGGAAGCUAAUAAGCAGCAGUUACAUAACCAAAGGCGCGGAUGUUGCAGGAGUUAUGUCUUAGUUACAGAGGGCGGAUGCAGGUAUACUUGUAAAAAGUGACGAAAGUGAAAAAGCGCAAAAAAUCUUAAGAUUCUCUAAGCAUCGACUGAACCAGAAAAUCUGAUGGCUGGAUGAGUUCAAAGCAACUAAAAUCUUUGUCUGUUUAUCAAACUAGAGCUUCUUUGUAAUGUUAAUGUAGAAAAGUUAAAUUUAUAUUUGGUAUGAUUUGGAAACAAGGAACUCAAACAUGCAUCAAUCUACUAAAGAAGCUUUUAAAAAUUCUGGUCUAAAUGGGAGGGAUGUCACCCCAUUUACGAGAUUGAUUGUAGUCUGGUUAACCACUAAAUUGGUCAGGAGAAGUGUUACCCGCGAAAAAGCUUGCUUCCGAUUUCAAACUCGACUGAGCAACAGGUGGAUUUACUCUGUGACAUGCAUACGCUGUUUCAGGGAUUGUAGCAUUUAGUUAUGGUUCAGGUACCACCAAAAGGCGGUAGUUAUUUUCCUCGGCCAUUGAACAGUAUCAGUAAGUCCCAUUUUCUUUUGACCUGCCUCUAGAUCCUUUAUCUAGUAGGUCACAACUGUCCUGGGCAGGCCUGUUUCAAACCGCGGAAACCUGUAUUGUUGUACAUUUUCGAUGAAGUUCCUCUCUCCAGGUUGGUUUUUGUAAUAUCAUUAGGAGAGGAAAUGACCGAAUGAAUCAUAUCUGGGUGGCGGCAAUCACAAAAAUUUGGACUACUGCUUAGGUUAUGAACAUAGACAUUACAUUCGCCGAGAAGGUGCUGCGGUUGCUUAUCCAAAGCAAGCUGAAGUUUCAAGAUUGAUGCUAGCUAUGGCAUAUAGCAAAAAGUUACAACUAAUGGAGCUCCUCAGCUCGACUUUUUCUGUUUGCUGCAUACCAUUUUGUGGCAUCUUGUGUAGAUGAGGAACAAACAAGGCUUUACUUGUCCUGCAUUUGGCUCACGAAAUGCUUCACAGCGCAAAGAAACUUAUCCUGCAACAUGUAUGGAGAAGAUCUAGAUCUGCUCAAAUCUUUGGACAGAACGGUCAUGUAAUUGUGAGGCAGUGUUAUUAUUGAAGUCCAGUACCAGGGGAAUGUGAUGCAUAUUUGGCAAAAGAAGCUACGAAGUUGUUAACCGUAAACAAGCUGGUUUUUGUAAUAUCAUUAGGAGAGGAAAUGACCGAAUGAAUCAUAUCUGGGUGGCAGCAAUCACGAAAAAUUUGGACUACUCCUUAGGUUAUGAACAUAGACAUUACAUUCGCCAAGAAGUUUCUGCUGUUGCUCCUCAAAAGAGGGCUGAAGUUUCAAUUUUGGCAGAGGAACGAACGAGGCAGAGGAACGAACGAGGCUUUACUUAUCCUGCAUUUGUCUCACGAAAUGCUUCACAGCGCAAAUAAACUUAUCCUGCAACAUGUAUGGAGAAGAUAUAGAUCUGCUCAAAUCUUUGGACGUUCAUGUAAUUUUGAGGUUGGUUUUUGUAAUAUCAUUAGGAGAGGAAGUGACCGAAUGAAUAUUAUCUGUUUGGCAGCAAUCACGAAAAUAUGGACAACUCCUUAGGUUAUGAACAUACAUCACAUUCCCCGAGAUGGUGCUGCUGUUGCUUCUCAAAAGUGGGCUGAAGUUUCAAGAAUUGUAUGCAUAGUGUUAUCCUGUUACUGUAUGUGUGCUUCUGGUUUUCUGUUCACUCACUUUAAUACUGAGUUGAAUUUUGCGUGGUUCUUGGAGACUGUUGAGAAACGCAAACAAAAGAUUUUUAUCUGUUCUUUUGAUUGGAAAAAUAAUUAUCCUCUCAAUGUAUUCUAAUUGUACUUCUAGAUGCUUGCUAUUUGGAAUAUAGCAAUAUGCUACAACUAAUGGAGCUCCCCAGCUCGACAUUUUCUGCUUGUUGCAUAUAAUUUUGUGGCAUCUUUUGUUGAUGAGGAACGAACAAGGCUUUACUUAUCCUGCAUUUGUCCCACGAAAUGCUUCACAGCGCAAAGAAACUUAUUCUGCAUCAUGUAUGGAGAAGAUCUAGAUCUGCUCAAAUCUUUGGACAGGACGGUCAUGUAAUUGUGAGGCCGUGUUAUUAUUGAAGUCCAGUACCAGAGGAAUGUGAUGCAUAUUUGGCAAAAGAAGCUACGAAGAUGUUAACCGUAAACAAGUUGGUUUUUGUAAUAUCAUUAGGAGAGGAAAUGACCGAAUGAAUCAUAUCUGGGUGGCAGCAAUCACGAAAAAUUUGGACUACUCCUUAGGUUAUGAACAUAGACAUUACAUUCGCCAAAAAGUUGCUGCUGUUGCUCCUCAAAAGAGGGCUGAAGUUUCAAUUUUGAUGCUAGCUAUUUGGCAUAUAGCAAAAAGUUACAAGUAAUGGAGCUCGACAGCUCGACAUUUUCUGCUUGCUGCAUACAACUUUGUGGCAUCUUGUGUAGAAAGAUGAGGAACGAACGAGGCUUUACUUAUCCUGCAUUUGUCUCACGAAAUGCUUCACAGCGCAAACAAACUUAUCCUGCAACAUGUAUGGAGAAGAUCUAGAUCUGCUCAAAUCUUUGGACAGAACUGUCAUGUAAUUUUGAGGCAGUGUUAUUAUUGAAAUCCUUUACCAGAGGAAUAUGAUGCAUAUUUGGCAAAAGAAGCUACGAAGAUGUUGACCGUAAACAAGUUCGUUCUCAUAGAAAUUGCUUGCACCAGAUCAUCCCAUGAUCUCGUUAUGAUAAGUAGGGGUGGCAAUACUAAACCCGACCCAACACGAAUUAGACCCGCAAAGUAUGAAUUCGGGUUGGAGUUUAUCAGGUUGGUUUUUGUAUUAUCAUUAGGAGAGGAAAUGACCGAAUAAAUCAUAUCUGGGUGGCAGCAAUCACGAAAAAUUUGGACUACUCCUUAGGUUAUGAACAUAGACAUUACAUUCUCCAAGAAGUUGAUGUUGUUGCUCCUCAAAAGAGGGCUGAAGUUUCAAUUUUGAUGCUAGCUAUUCGGCAUAUAGCAAAAAGUUACAAGUAAUGGAGCUCGACAGCUCGACAUUUUCUGCUAGCAUACAACUUUGUGGCAUCUUGUGUAGUAGGAUGAGGAACGAAUGAGGCUUUACUUAUCCUGCAUUUGUCUCAAGAAAUGAUUCACAGCGCAAAGCGCCGCAAACAAACUUAUCCUGCAACAUGUAUGGAGAAGAUCUAGAUCUGCUCAAAUCUUUGGACAGAACUGUCAUGUAAUUUUGAGGGGUAUAUGAUGCAUAUUUGGCAAAAGAAGCUACGAAGAUGUUAACCGUAAAGUAAACAAGUUAGUUCUCAUAGAAAUUGCUUGCACCAGAUCAUCCCAUGAUCUCGUUAUGAUAAGUACAUAGUAGGAUGAGGAACGAAUGAGGCUUUACUUAUCUUGCAUUUGUCUCACGAAAUGAUUCACAGUGCAAAGCGCCGCAAACAAACUUAUCCUGCAACAUGUAUGGAGAAGAUCUAGAUCUGCUCAAAUCUUUGGACAGAACUGUCAUGUAAGUUUGAGGAGAGGAAAUGACCGAAUGAAUCAUAUCUGGGUGGCAGCAAUCACGAGAAAUUUGGACUACUCCUUAGGUUAUGAACAUAGACAUUACAUUCGCUAAGAAGUUGACGCUGUUGCUCCUCAAAAGAGGGCUGAAGUUUCAAUUUUGAUUGUUGAGAAACUCAAACAAAAGAUUUUUAUCUGUUCUUUUGAUUGGAAAAAUAAUUAUCCUCUCAAUGUAUUCUAAUUGUACUUCUAGAUGCUUGCUAUUUGGAAUAUAGCAAUAUGCUACAACUAAUGGAGCUCCCCAGCUCGACAUUUUCUGCUUGUUGCAUAUAAUUUUGUGGCAUCUUUUGUAGAUGAGGAACGAACAAGGCUUUACUUAUCCUGCAUUUGUCCCACGAAAUGCUUCACAGCGCAAAGAAACUUAUCCUGCAACAUGUAUGGAGAAGAUCUAGAUCUGCUCAAAUCUUUGGACAGAACGGUCAUGUAAUUGUGAGGCAGUGUUAUUAUUGAAGUCCAGUACCAGAGGAAUGUGAUGCAUAUUUGGCAAAAGAAGCUACGAAGAUGUUAACCGUAAACAAGUUGGUUUAUGUAAUAUCAUUAGGAGAGGAAGUGACCGAAUGAAUCUUAUCUGUGUGGAAGCAAUCACGAAAAUAUGGACUACUCCUUAUGUUAUGAACAUAGACAUUACAUUCGCCGAGAAGGUGCCGCUGUUGCUUCUCAAAAGUGGGCCUAAUUUUCAAGAUUGAUGCUACCUACGGCAAAUAGCAAAAAGUUACAUUUAAUGGAGCUCCCCAGCUCGACUUUUUCUACUUGCUGCAUUCAAUUUUGUGGCCUCUUGUGUAGAUGCGGAACAAACAAGGCUUUAUUUAUCCUGUAUUUGGCUCACGAAAUGCUUCACAGCGCAAAGGAACUUAUCCUGCAGCAUGUAUGGAGAAGAUCUAGAUCUGCUCAAACCUUUGGACAGAACUGCCAUGUAAUUUUGAGCGGGCAGUGUUAUUAUUGAAGUCCAGGACCAGAGGAAUGUGAUGCUUAAUUGGCAAAAGAAGCUACGAAGAUGUUAACCGUAAACAAUUUAGUUCUCAUAAAAAUUGCUUGCACCAGAUCAUCCCAUGAUUUCUUUAUGUUAGGCAAGUAGGGGUGGCAAUAUCAAGCCCGACCCAACAUGAAUUCAACCAGAGAAGUACGAAUUCAGUUUAAAAGCGUAUCAUGGAAAUUGGUAAAGGCCUUUUCUAUCGCAAGGGUUGCAAUUUCGAUCUCCAAAUGACAAUGGAAGCUCAUGGUCUCUUUUUAUCGUAAAGGAUGGGUUCAGUUCUCUUCCAAAUUUUAGGAAAGGCAAUUGGACAGGUUAUGAUUGAUACAACCAUCGUUUUUGGGCAAGGGUUUGUUUGGCUUAAGUUCUCCUCCAAAUCAUAAAAAGCAAAGGCUUCUGUUCUCUGCAACCUCUCAGAAGAAGCACCAUGUGAAGUGAGCAGAAUUUACAUUGCUUAUGAAGCAAAAUUCUGUACAAUAUACUUCCUGGAUGGAUUUCCAUAAAGACACAAUCUAAAAGCAGCACGCCUUUAUGCCGUCCUUAUUGCUGAUUCUGGCCUUUGCAGAUUUUCUGCGGUAAACACAAAGAUAUCUAAAUAUCUAUUCCUUAUUCCAUUUUGGAUAUGCAAUUUAACAGAUUAUAAUAAACAAAUGAAAAGGACAUUGCAAAUAUUUAUACUCCAAGUUACUCUGUUGCCAUUGGAUGUUAAAAGCUUGUCUAUUCCAUUAUAGUCAAAACUGAUUGUAUCUUAUUUCGCUAUACUCUGGUAUCAUAGUUAUUACAAUGGACGUUUUGCAUGAAAUAAUAUGUGGUGCACCCUGGUUAUGUACUC